AUGAUGGCAGGAUCCUGGAAGACCCUGAAGCUCCUUCUGGUCAUUCUGACAGUGCUGGUGGCCUUCAGUGACCAAUUCCAGAGGAAGAGCUUCAUCAAAGUGAGUGAGGAGACAGCAGUAGACGACUUCGUUCCUGAGACUCUGAGCUACCUCAAUGACCAGUACAACCAAGACAGCAAGGACCCGUACAGCUUCCGGAUCAUCCGGGUGCUCCGGGUGCAGAGCCUGGUGACCGACCAUCUAGAAUAUCGCAUCCUGGUGGAGCUGUGGAGAACCAAAUGCCUGAAGCCAGCAUUCAACAGCAGCUGUGCCCUCCAGGAUGGGAAACAGGACAAGCAAGUCACUUGCUACUUCUCUGUGUAUGUGAACCCCUGGGAUGAAAAGUACAAGAUCUUGAAGAAGGAAUGCAAGGACUCUAAAUUCCCUGUGACCGCCACCUGGAAGAAUUUGCUAUUCUUCAGUGCACACAGUAAACAGGGCUGA